AUGUGUACAUCUCACAGUUCAGUGUCCUACUGGUCACAAAUGAAAGUGACCCUGCUUGUAAAAAGCAGCCUUGUCCUCGUUUUUGCAAUGUUUCUGGGUCUUGAGACUCAAGCAAUCCACACGAGUCCGGUUCAAGUUCAACGGGACUUUAAAAAACUCGCUCGUUGUAAUUUUUUUGUAUCUGAAAAAAACAACAGUGUUAGAGAUAUUUUAGAGUGCAUGAAUGAAUUGGCAUCACAACAAAUUGCUGAUAAAAAAAAUUCAAGAGUAGCUGAAAAAAGAUCUGGAUUUUUUUCAGAAACAAGAGAUAUUGAUUCUAAUAAACCAUACGAGUACAAUCCUUAUCCGACGUAUCCAGAAAUUCAAAAUAAUUUUUACAAUAAACCAAAUAUAUUGAAACGAGGUCCUCAACAGUCGGGUCAUCGACCAAACCAUUAUGGAUAUCCACCUGCACUUCCGCCAAGCUAUCCAAUGCCAUCAAACGCAGAUUUCCGUCCUGGUAUUUUAGGUGUCAACUUACUUGACGCACUCUCAUCUAUAUCGCAAUAUGACGAUCGUAAAUGUGUACCGAGAAUUCUAUGCGAAGUUGCAACUGGUGUUAAACCUGGAAGCUCAGGAUACAAACAAAAUUAUUCAGAUUUUGGAAUGAAUUCUAUCAUCAGCCUUUUAACAGCCUUGGCACCGGGUACAUCUUCACCGCUAAUUGCUUUUGGUAAAUCAGCAUUGAUGGGUUAUGCAAAUAAAGGAAAUCCAGACAUAUGUUAUCGUCAGUAUCCACAUUGUCCAAGAAAUCCUUCUGACCUUGUUGAUUAUCUUAAUAAUCAUAAUGGUGGAUUUUUUAGAUUUUUUAAUAAUCGUUAUGGAGCUAAUCGUGAUUAUGAUAAUAAUAAUGGUGAUAAUAUUAAUGAUGAUGAUGAUGAUUAUGAACCACAAAAUGGAAAUCCAUACUCAGAUGAUUAUUCAGCAAGAGAAAUAAAUAAUUCAGAAGCUGAUGAAACGUUACUGAUAAAAACAAUUAAUAACAAUGAAGACAAUAACAAGAAAAUAACUUUUCCAGAAGAAGAAAAAUCAAACCGAGCUUCAAUAUAUUCAGAAAAUCAUAAUACACCAUCAUUUUUUCCUCAGAAUAGAACUAGUCAAGAAUAUAAAAUUAAAAACAACAAUGAAAAACAAUUAUUAAAAUUACCGGAAACAAAGAUUUAUCAUUCAGACAAUCUUACCAGUCAAAAACCAGCAAGUAACACCUUUCCAACUCGUCAAAAAGUCAUGAUGAAUAGUGAAUUUACAAAAUUGGUUUUAGAUGAUGACAAAGCAAGUAAGAAAGAUGCUCUCACACAUAUAAAACUUAAAUCCAUUAAUUUUCAACAAUUUGAAAUGAUAAAUAUGGCAAAAUUGUAUCUUGACAAUGAAACAACAAAGUCAAAAAUUCAACAACCAUGCAACAUGAUUUGCAAUGAUUCAAAUAAUAAUACAGUUCAAUUUAAACAAUAUAUAACUACAUCUGGACUUACUACAAAAAAGAUAUCUAAUGGAUCAAUUUUAAAUUUAUCCAAUCAGCUUGUAUGCCAAGUAAUUUGUCAAAAUAUUAGUUAUGAUGAUGAACGACAAUUAUCUACUCCAUUACAUAUUGUACUUCAACCAAAUAAAUAUGAUGAAUCAAUUUUACAACAAAUGAUCCUUGAUAAAAAUUCAAUAAUUAUUAAUGAAAAAAUUGAUAAUAUCAAGAGAAUAUUAAUGACCGAGAGUCUGGUGCCACACUCUGGUGUAUCACUCGUUGAUUUAGCAGGUGAGCAUGAAAUAUUACAACAGCCAAAAUAUAUAGAGCCAAGACCUCCAGUGCUGAUAGAUGAGCAAGGUGCCAGUCGUCUGAUGCCUCUGGGGGUUCUAUUGUUCCGUCAAAAAGUUUUUACUGAUGCUAGUCCAUCUACAGUACAUAAGAAAGAAGAAAAAAAAUUCAAAAAAACUCCAAGUCUUCUUGAUAUUAUAAAAAAUUUGAGUGUCAUAACAACGACUUUAGACAAAGAUAUUUUUUUAAAUUAUAAUAUGAAAGGCAAAACAACAACUCGAGUAAGAGAAAAAAAAAAUUCAAUUGACAUGACCCAGAUAAACAGAUCACCAGAGGGUGAGGAUUAUCCCCAGGGUUCUUGCCUUGAAAAUGAAUCAAAAGGUCUCAAUGAUGAUGACGAAGAUAAUAUAAAUAAAAAUAAGGACAAUUCAAAAGUGACAACUAAAAUACCAUUGAAUAAAAAACCAAACUCAAAAAAUAACGUGAGAAAAAAUGAUAAUGUACAACAAUUUAUGAUACAAAUACCACAAGCAAAUAUUAAAUUCAAAGCUGUUAAUAUUUGUUAAUGAAAAAAUCUAAUUUAAUUAUUCUGUUAUUAUAAAAAUUAUAUGAAUC